ACCAGGCCGAAAUUGCAACAUGGAAGACGCAGACGGCUCUUUGGCCGAACGAGAACGAUUUCUCCAGUGUUUUAAGCGAUUGAAUGGAUUCAAUUAUCGGCGAGAUGAUGAAGCAUCAAGAACUAAUUUCAAUUUACUGCUUGACGAAAUUAAUUCUAUGGAAUAUUAUAUGCGGAUUGUCAGAGAAGAUGAAGCUAACAGACUUAUAACCAAGUUUUGUACCGUUGUCCCAUUGUAUGAAGAAAGAUUUCUGGUGAAAGUUUGUCAGGCCAUCUUCAACUUUACAGCCAAACAGCAGCUGACACUUACAGAGAAGACACUGCAUUUAGUAACAGAGUACCUCAUAUCAGCCCUACAGAGAUGUCAGCCCUGGACUCGAUCAGAGAUACUAUUGGCUCUCGGGGCUGUGGUGUACGAAUGCUGUGGGCAGCUCACAAAGUACCAUGACACGUUGUUGAACAAACAACAGGGCGUACUGAUUCCACUGUUGUCUGAUCCGAUCGGUGAUGAGGCCGUGUUGCGAGGGGUCAUCCAGUGCAUCGAGAACCUCACUAUCAAAGUAGCGGGUCAGUCUUACUUAGAGGAUCACCACACCUUGACUUGCUUUGAAGUGUUCAUGAACAUUCUACACACAGUCCGAGCUUCCAAGAUUGAGACGAAUAUAAAAUGCAAGGUGUUGAUCUGUUCGUUGCGCGGUCUACAGAAUAUACUAGGAGCCACCAAGAUCAUGCCUACAGAUCAGCUUGGCAGCCUGCUGGCUGGAAUCCGGACGUACAUGUUCCAUGGUUUGUCCAGUUUCCCGGUGAAUAUUCCUGAACGACUCUACCCAACACCUCUGAGGCAGUAUGACACGUCUCCAUCCGGACAAUCAACCCCACACGGUGAACAAAAACCAGAAGAGGAAACCCAGGGAGCAUCGAAGUCGCAAGCUAGUAAAAAAUCUAAGAAGAAGAAGGCAAAGAAAUCGCCAGAAAAAUCGAACAAAAGUCAGGAUGGUAACAGGACUACUUUGACCUCAGAUAAUGGUCAAAGUGAAGGUCAAGGGUCAGUUACAACUGUCGGAUUAGAUGCAGCAGUUGACACAAGACCAGUCUGGGCUAAAAUUGGUAGUUCUGAUUCUGAUUAUUCGGACACUGAGGGAGGUCAGGGGUCGAGGUUGAGGUCGCACCACACAAAGGUCAGACAGUGUGCACUUGUAUGCCUUCACACAGUGAUAAAGACCACUGACCGCAGGCUGAUGUUUGGAUACUGGUCAUCCUUUAUUCCGGACUCCAGUGCGGCCGGAAACAGUCCGCAGGUCCAGACACUAUUCACGAUCAUACUGAAGGAUCCGUCUCCAAAGUGUCGUAUGGGAGCUCUUGCUGCUCUGACUGCCCUGGUGGAUGGAACAAAGACGUUCCUAGCUGCAGCAGAGGACAGUGAUCAGAUAACUGCCUUUACCCCUUUCUCCUCAAUCCUCGGCUCGACCAUCCGAGAACUGCAUCGCUGUUUACUGCUGGCACUUGUGUCGGAGAACUAUCCCCUCACCCUCACACAGCUCAUCAAGUGUAUAGCAAUCCUGAUCAGUAAUGUGCCAUACCAGAGAAUGAAGCCGGGACUUUUAUCCAGAGUGAUCAAGCUUGUCCGCAACUUCCUCAACCACAGAGAUCCGAAUGUGCGAGUGGCGUGUCUGACGUGUUUCGGGGCAGUAGCUGCCAUCCAGCCUCCACUCAUGGAGAUUUGUCACAUCAUGCAGCCGUCUAUACCUCCACUAUCCGCAUCCCUAGCGCAACCAGCCCCACCUGUCAAUCAACAACCUGGGGACGUGGACAGCCAAUCAGAAUCCAGAAAUUCUAGAUUAGGUAGUGCUCAAGGAAACCAGUUGUCGGAGAGUUCUGGAAACUCGAAAGCUGAUUAUUCUACAAAUGACGGACAACUCCAAAGUCUAUCUCCAGAGGUCGUGACCCCACCUGUUGGCCAAGGGUCAGGGUCAGGGUCGGUGUCCCCAGGAGCUUUGACCCCUGUGUACUCUGACAAGUUACUUCAGGCCCAUGCUCGUGACACGUCAUGGUUGAUUAAACUUUGCAUGAGGAACAUACUUCCAUUUACAGAUCACCAUGGAAACUGGACAGAGCCUCAUUUUGAGCCACUUCCUGUGAGAUUAGAGUCUCUCCAGGUACUGGCCCACCUCACCAAAGGUUAUUUCCCUAUUAUCCGGAACGGUUUGGCCGUACUACGGGAUCUGAUACACAAGUGUAUACAGGACUCGGACCAGGUGGUCAGGCUACACACAAUCAAGCUGCUGGAUGUGUUGACACAAGUGAUUUUACAAGAUGUACAGGCGGCUGAGACAGACGGUCCUGGUAAUAGAGUGAACAUUGACCUGGCCAAGGAGUUCUGGGUUUUCAUGUUGAUGGGCCCCUUACCUAGCAUAUUACAGAUGGAAGCCAACAACGCUGUUCGAGCCACGUCAUGUGACUGUAUAUCCAACGUCGGACCAGAGGUGUUCGCGGUUUUACCGAUGGACAAGAGGAUUCUGUGUAUUACCCUGGUGCUCGGUCUGACGUCGGAUGACGAUAGGAUUGUACGAUCAGCGGCAGUGAGGGCUGUAGGGGUGUAUGUCUUGUACCCAUGUCUGAGAGAGGAUGUGUCCUUCAUUGCUGAUGCUGCUAACUCCAUUUUAAAAAGUAUGGCAGACUCGAGUCUGAAUGUGCGGCUGAAGACGGCGUGGUCGCUGGCUAAUCUCUGUGACGCCUUAGUACUCAACAAGACGGAGGGCGACGUCCAGUUCCUACAGGACUUCUCCAACCUGUUACUACAGAAGCUGUUCACCACAGCAACAAAAGCCUGCCAGGACAGUGAUAAGGUGCGCUCUAACGCUGUCCGCGCCCUUGGUAACCUGAUGAGGUACCUCCCCAGGAGUAGCCUUGAGAAGUGUACGUUUAAGAUACCGGUGGAGGAGGGUGUGAAGGCGCUUGUGAAAAACAUCAGCUCUGGCACAAUGAAGGUGAGGUGGAAUGCCUGCUACGCUGUCAGUAACCUGUUCAAAAACUCGCUGCUGAAUCAGGCCAGCACAGAAUGGAUGAAGGACAUAAUUCUAGCGCUGUGUGCAGUGGUGCGCGACUGUAAGAACUUCAAGGUCCGGAUCAAUGCUGCUCUGGCCCUGGGGUCUCCGCCUGACCGUGACCAAUACGGAACCGUGGACCUAUUUAUAUCAGUGUGGGAGGCACUCAUUCGAGGUCUAGAAACUGCGGAGGAAAUCACAGACUUUACAGAGUACAAGUACAGGGGAAAUCUCAAUAACCAGAUUUGUACGACAAUCAUUCACCUGGUGACCAUGACGCAGUACAAUGACCUGGAUAGGGUCGGGGAGCUUCUAGAGGUGAACUUUGACCUUCUCCUUGAUAACCUCGACAAAUUCCAGCAGUCCCAAGGAAAGAAGACAGAAUUUGAGGCAGAGUGUGUAGCCGCCCAACAACGCCUGGCCAUGUUUGGCGACAGUAAGCUGUCACACAGACAGGGUAAGGCUGUGGAGCGUCUGACACAGCUUGCCUUUGCUGACGAAAUUGUAGAUCGUAAGCAAGAGAAGUCUGCGUUUGUCCAGACCUACGAUUAGAUCACAGGCCUGAUGUCCAACGACUGCUGGACAGGUCAAAACGUUUUGGUUGAACGAACAACAGGGAAUGGCAAAAUUGUUGUUAUUGGCAUUGCCGGGUAAAUCAUCAAAUGGAGACUGCCUGUAAGCAUCAGGAUCUCGGAGCUUGUGGAACGUUAGUGAGAAGAGACCCGUGUUUGUCAGGAGCUAUAUAUGAAUGGAAUUCUGUGCCAAAAUUUCAGACCCAAAACAUUGAUGACCCACAGUAUUUGUGAAACCUUACAGAGUAUUAAAGAACGUGUUUGUUCAGAUGUAUGAUUUUAUAAGAAUGCUUGCUGAAAGUUUGAAGGACAUGCACACUACAGGUUGUAACAAAUAUUUGAAGAAAAAAAGUCAAACAGUCACCAGACAAAGUUUUAAAUCAUGGGUAGGAGCAGAGAAUAUCACAGUAGAUUUAGUAGAAUUAGAAACAUUAUUUAUGUAUAUUUUUGUGAUAUAUUGAUUGCGCCAUCGACGGUUAGAAGUUUUUAAAUGUUUCACAAAGAGAAAUUAAUCUUUAAAAUGUGAUAAGAUUGCAAUUGGGACCAGACAUUUUAUGGCAUGAAAAUAUUCAUAAAAUUGUUUAAUACUUGAUGGAAAAAAAAUAGGAUGCUCAACAUUUCAAGACCAGUUCUUUGUGAUGCUAAAGUAUAUAGAAAUAUCAACAUAGCUUAACUACUAUAUAUAUGAGGCCAUGAUCAGGGUAAACUGGUAAUUGAUGGCAAAAGCUGAAGGUAAUGAAAUGCAAUGAAUUGCUUUCUAGUGAUGGUGAGUUUAUGUUGUUACAUUAUCAGUGUUAGGAGGCUAUGGAUAUUGCUUAACUCAUUCACCCCUGAAGACACAAUUGAACUCUUCCAAUUCAAAGGUUGGAAUGGUUCAUUAUGAAAUUUCAGGGGUGAAGAAGUUAAUGGUCCCUACUGUUGAGUUUUGAAGAUACAGUACAGUCUGUAAUCCUUACCGUAACCCAAUGUAUUAUACAACGAUACAGGAAAUUUGUCUUAAACAUUUGUAUUUGUGAUUGUAAUUCAUGUGUCUGAAAGUGGUACUUAAACUCUUCCAAGUCUGAAGAUAGGUGUUGGUCUAGAUCUCCCUCUAUGGCUGUCAAGGUGGUACUGGUGGGUCCUGUAUAUUCAAAACCUUGAUAUAAAGUCAGCUCUACAGCUCGUUUUGGGUUUCUGUUUGAAAAUUUAGUAGAUUUGCCUGCGUGCCAGCGCAAAGGCAACUACAUGCCUGACUGAUGCUGAUUUGUUCUUGGUAGUUUUCCUCCCUUCUGUUGUUAUCAGAAACCAAAUGUGAUCUAUUAGGGAGUUAAAUUCACCAUAUUUCAUUACAUUUGGCCUUGGCCAGAAUUUCCACUUGGCUUAAUGACAGCUGCGCAUGCUUAACAGCCUGAAACAUGUAGACAGUAGUUAUGCAUAAGGAUCCAUAGGUGUCAACCUCUGAAACCCCCGAUGAGGGAGAUCUCCCUCGUUCCUCAUUUCCAAUGAGGGAGAAAGUGUG